GUACCUUUUGCCACGAAUGUUGUGCCAGUCAGGCUCUAAAAGGCCUUACGAGAACAGCUGAGAUUUCGCUGCUCCGCAUGACGCAAAGAUACUGAAAUUAAGCUGAAAAUUUUCCAAGUCUUUAAGUUAUCUUGUAUAUCGUGUGUGCGCCGAGCGGGAAAUUCGAAAGCAAACGAAAGGAAAAAAAUCAAAGUGUUUUUAGUGAAAUGCUGAGAUGCUGAUAGCAUAAUAGCAUAAAUAAAAAUUAAUUUUUAUUCAAAAUAAAAAAAAAGAAAACCCAAAACGCGGCUGACAAACCUAUUUGCCAAGGAUAAAUAAAAGCUAGAGCUUCGGACUCUACCGAAACCAGUGCGUACAAAGUGUAUUCCAGCAACUAUCCCACGUGUUCCGACCCGACCGCCAAAAUUAUUACGCACAAUUCCCUGAGCGUGUACGGCGGCGGCGUCAUGUGCGCCUCCCCGUCCACGGCUCCCAACUUCUUCAACCCGCGCCCCCAGUCCGGCGCGGAGCUGUCGGCCUUCGACCUCGGCCUGUCCCGCUCGAUGGGGCUGGGCGUGCCGCCGCACAGCGCCUGGCACGAGCCGCCGGCCUCUCUGGGCGGCCACCUGCACGCGGCCUCGGCCGGACCCGGCACCACCACCGGCAGCGUGGCCACUGGCGGCGGCGGCACGACGCCGAGCAGCGUGGCCAGCCAGCAGUCGGCGGUGAUCAAGCAGGACCUCUCCUGCCCCAGCCUCAACCAGGCCGGAUCGGGCCACCACCCCGGCAUCAAGGAGGACCUCUCCAGCCUGCCCAGCUCUAACGGCGGCUCCGCCGGCGGCCAUCACUCCGGCUCCGGAUCGGGCUCCAAUGUCAACUCCGGACACGGCUCCGACAUGCUGCCCCUGAUCAAGGGCCACGGCCAGGACAUGCUCACCAGCAUCAAGGGACAGCCCGCCGGAUGCGGCAGCACCACGCCCUCCUCUCAGGCCAACAGCUCCCACUCGCAGAGCAGCAACAGCGGAUCCCAGAUCGACAGCAAGCAGAACAUCGAGUGCGUCGUGUGCGGCGACAAGAGCUCCGGGAAGCACUACGGACAAUUUACCUGCGAAGGCUGCAAAUCGUUCUUCAAACGCUCGGUGCGACGCAACCUCACAUACUCGUGCCGCGGCAGCAGAAACUGCCCCAUUGACCAGCACCAUCGCAAUCAAUGUCAAUAUUGCCGAUUGAAGAAGUGCCUCAAAAUGGGCAUGCGACGCGAAGCUGUCCAACGUGGCCGCGUUCCUCCCACUCAGCCCGGAUUAGCCGGCAUGCACGGGCAGUACCAGAUCGCCAAUGGCGACCCCAUGGGCAUCGCCGGGUUCAACGGGCACUCGUACCUCAGUUCCUACAUCUCGCUGCUGCUGCGGGCGGAGCCGUAUCCCACCUCCCGAUAUGGCCAGUGCAUGCAGCCCAACAACAUCAUGGGCAUCGACAACAUCUGCGAGCUGGCCGCCCGACUGCUCUUCUCGGCGGUCGAGUGGGCCAAGAACAUACCCUUCUUCCCGGAGCUGCAGGUGACCGACCAGGUGGCCCUGCUGCGGCUCGUCUGGUCGGAGCUGUUCGUCCUGAACGCCAGCCAGUGCUCCAUGCCGCUCCACGUGGCGCCGCUGCUGGCCGCCGCCGGACUGCACGCCUCCCCGAUGGCCGCCGACCGCGUGGUGGCCUUCAUGGACCACAUCCGCAUCUUCCAGGAGCAGGUGGAGAAGCUGAAGGCCCUGCACGUCGACUCCGCGGAGUACUCCUGCCUCAAGGCGAUCGUGCUCUUCACCACCGGUAAGUUGCUGGACAUCCUCUACAAGGAUGUGCCGGCGCUGCUCACCAAGGUUUCAGCACUGAUUGGCAAGGGUUCCCCGGCGGCGUCCAAUGACGAUGUCCUGGGUGUGGUGCGCGAGCACCUGGACGAGCUGAACCGCCUGGAGCUGGAGUCUCAGGCUCCGCAGCAGGCGCCGCUCCACCUGGCCGCCUUCAUGAAGAGCGUGGCCGGCGUUGAGGCUGCAGUGCAGCAGGCGGAGCAGGCCCAGGCUCCGGCCUCCUCUGCCCCCGCCUCUGCCCCUCUGCUUCCCUCCGCCGGCAGCGCCUUCAGCAGCUGCCCGGUCAAGUCCGCCGGUUCCGAGAUGGAUCUGCUGGCCAGCCUGUAUGCCCAGGCUCAGGCCACGCCCCCGAGCAGCGGCGGGGACGCCUCCGGGCACAACAAUAGCAGCGGGCUGGGCGCCUCGCUUCCUACUCAAUCGCAAAGCGGUUCGUCCUCCCGCAACCUAACCGCCUCGCCGCUGAGUACUUCGCUGGCAACCGCUCCUGCUCCCGCGCCCGCUCACGCUCCCGCUCCCGCUCCCGUUUCCGCUCCUGUUCCCACCUCCUCGGCCGCCCACCUCCCUGUGCCCGCCCCCGUUCCAGUGUCAUCCGCUCCGAUGGGUGGUGGAGCCUAUCAGACGCCGUCGGCCGCGGCAGCGGCGGCCGCCAUGUUCCACUAUCAGACGCCUCCGCGCGCCGCCUUCGGUUCGGCCUUCGAUAUGUUCCACCACAGCACGCCCUUCGGGGUGGGGGUGGGCGUGGGCCACGCCCUCGCCCACUCGGGCGGCAGCGGCAGUGCGUCCUUCGGCAGUCCCACUUACAGGUACUCGCCCUAUAGCCUGGCCGGUAGUAGAUGGCAGUUGUAGGAUCUCACAGAAGUCGAACCCUGUACUGUAAAUUUACCCUUGUAUCUAUAGCGUUAGGAGAGCCCCAUCUCUGUACAUGUACUUAGUUUAGUGCCUACUGCUAGUUUCUACCUAUUUAUUGCCUUACACUAAGUAUAAUUUAUUCUAGCCGUAAUCACUUAGACUCGUUUAGUGAACUUUGCCAAAAAAUUUGAAAAAACAAAGAUUCGAUGAGGGAGGAGAGAAAAAGAAUUUAAAGAAUAUAUAUAAAGCUGUUGCUGUUAAACAAAAAUCUAAUCCUGGCUUGUGUUUUUACUUGUUAUUGCUUACUAAUGCUUUACACCGCUUGUUGACUAAUUUUUAGUGUAUUAUUUAUUUGUUUGUUUUGGUUUACUAACAACAAUUAUACUAACCCUUAACUAAACUAACCCUUAAAACUUAAACAGCAAAGAUUACAUUUGUUUCCAAGUGAGAUUCUACUAGCAUUUGUUGAUUAAAAUUGUAUUGGAACUUUUUGAAACAAAAGAAAUAAGUAUACAACGUUUUUUAAUUAUUAAAUAUUUUCAAUUAGAUUUGUAUUUUUCUAUUACAUUGAAGUCGUAAUGUUACACAAUGAUGAACUUGAUUUUAUUUCUUUUAAGUAUUUUAAUCGAUUUCAUCAUUGUUAUCUCAUUUAAUUACAAGAACGUUAGAAACAUAAUGAUGAAUUAGUUUUCAUUUCUUUAUAUAAUAUUUUAAAGAG